CCAGAUAAAAAUUGAUAGGAAAAUCCAGUCAGUGCCACUUCUUGUAGCUAACGCUUUGCUAUAUUCAUCUUCUUCUUCUUCACUGUUCAUCUUCCUCUUUAUCGCCACAAAUUUCAUUUCUGCAAUAGAAAAAAGGGUUUUUUUUUGUUUUCCAAGAAUUCAUAGAUAUAGAAAUUGCCGAAAUGGGUGGAGGAGCUGCUGCCUUACAGAAAGAUGUUCCUUGGAGAGCUUCUUCUGGUGCAAAACCCAUCCCUAAAAUUCAUUAUUCCCCUGUUCUUCGUAUACCUCAAAACCCUCUUUCCGAUUAUGCUCUCUCUAUCAUGAAGCAUCCAGAUCCAAUUGGUAGCGGAUUGGGGACGGAGGCAAUAGUAGAAGCAGCAGGCCCUGAUUGCAUUGUUCCUGGACAGAAUCCACCUAUCAAGCUUCUGGGGCUUAAGGUAUGGCCCAUUGAAGUCGACUUGAAAUUUAUGGAACCUGUUGGGCGAGAACUGAAGUCAGUUGGGAAGUUCAUGGAUUCUGCAGUUGAUCUUAUGAACAAAUCUUUCAUUGAUCGUUAGUACUUUCCGUUGGAGUGGCUGAAGUUCACCAGUUGUUACAUCAACUACUUUGAGGCUUGUCAAAAACUAAUGAAGCUGGUUAUAGAGAUCAUCAAUUCAGUUAAUCCUACUACAAAUGUUAUCUAUUUAAGGAGGUCCUAUUUGUAUUUUCAAAACUUGAAAUCUACUGUACAUUCGACAGCUACACGGAAUUGUGGCUUUUUGAAAAAACGAAUUACAUCUUAAA